CAAAGCCACUCCUCUUCAACGCUAUUGCACUCAACAACAAAGCAAAGCAAAGACAACCCAGAAACAAGUAUCCGUUAUUCUCAUUCUUUAGAGAAAGUGCCCAACAACAUGAGCCGCCGGAAUCGGAGUAAUGCCGGUCACCGGAUUCCUACACCUUCCUCUGAACCCGCUAAAACCCAAGAGCAGGUUGAGGACAGGCCCGUUGCUGAAUCUCAAUGCCCCUCUCCCACUGCCGUCGUCAAUGUCGUCCAGAAGGAGCCUGUUAAUGUUGAUCCAUCGGUACCCGAGGUUUCUGGACGUGAGAGACUAAAGAGACAUAGAAUUGAGAUGGCUGGUCGAGUGUGGAUUCCGGAGAUAUGGGGCCAGGAGGAUUUUCUCAAGGAUUGGAUCGACUCUUCCGCUUUCAAUUCAUCGCUUGUCCCCAAUGGACUAAUGUCGGCUCGUGCAGCGUUGAUCGAAGAGAGUCAUCGAGCAAACUCAGGUAAAACCCUUCGGAAUCUUGUUUGCAACCUGUUGGGAAACAACCAGAAGGGAUCUCUGCAAUGCAAGGAAGGCUUUUCUAUAAGGAAUGAGGAUGCACGGACCAGAUAAUUAUGGCCAUUCCUGAAGAUUAUGAUAAUAAGCUAGAGACUUUUUUGGAGAAGUUAGACCUGUUAGUCUCUAUAAAUCCGUGUACAAAGGUACAAAACUACAAAUUUCUUCAGAAUGUUGGAUAUAUAUAUUGGGUUUUAUUUAUGUAUAUAUUUUGACAAAGUUAUUUCAAGGGAGAAUGGUGAUUUUGUGCUA